CCCGCCCAGCCCCGGUGCGGGGCCAAAAGCAGCGGGAGCGGAGCGGGAGGCGCCGGGAGCGGAGCGCGGGGAGCCGAGCAGCCGGUGAGUAGCCCAACACCGCCACGUUUCCCCCAGCGAUGGCCGAGGAGCUCAGUGAGCUGCUGAGGGAGUUCGAGGAGGUCAUGGAGGACUUCGCCCGGGGCCCUGCGAGUCAGUACCAGCAGCACCUGGAGGAGCUGAAGAGGAAAGCGGGACAGAGGGUGUAUGACAGUGGCAUCGAUGAGCUGGAGAGUGCCAGCACGUCCCCGGGAAGCAGCCUCAACUCCAGUGAGGAGCACCUCAACAGCCCAGCUGACACUUAUCCCACCAAAGCAAAGCUUGGAGACACGCAGGAGCUGGAGGAGUUCAUCGCAGACCUGGAUAAAGCCUUGGAGGGGGCCCUGCGUGACAGGCUGGAGGCAGAGAGAACCUGGUUAAAGAAACAUUUCCCCCCAUGCAGACUGUAGAUGUGAGCUGUGCUGUGGAGUCUGGAGAGGAGCAGCCCCAGCCCUGAGUCUCCCUGAUGCUGCCUCUGCUUCUGCACCCCUGGCUGGGGUGGGGACGGCUCCGGGGACAGGGAUGGGCAUGGGGACGGAUCCGGCCGUGGGACAAUGGUGGCAGGGCCCUGCCAGCGCCAGGAGAGGACAGCCCUGGGUGUCCUGGCCCUGCCCUGGAUGAGGUCUGGUGGCUCUGGGGUUUGGGGGAGAGCUGGGCUGCUGCUGAAGCCCCCAGAGUAAUUUUGGGGAAGAUCAGCUUGCAGGAUGUUAGCAUGACCCCAGUGUCCCCCCCAGGCUGGGAAGCCUUGGUGGCAUCUGUCACUGCUGACCUUUGCUUUGCAUGGGGAGCCCCAAAUCAGGCCCCUCUCUGCCCCCCAAGUGCCUCUGCCCCAGCUGCUGCUGUAAAUACUGUAAAAAUAUAUUUUGUGCUGUACAGAGGGGAUGUGGUUCUGUGAACAGGAUUUUAAACCUC